CUUUUUACUUUCUUGCUUUUCUUCGGAUCCUCUGUUCUUCCUAGGAUCUUGCGUGUGGUUCCUAUCCCCGAGUUCUGGGUCUGGUUCUCUCUCCGGGGUUCUGUCUCUCUCUCUCCAGAACUUUUCCAGACUUUUCUGUCUGUCUCUCCUGUGAGGUGUCUCUCCUCCUGGCUAUACACCAUGUUGUCCUCUCCUGCGGUCAUCCUGCAGCCGUACGGUCUGCCUGUCUACCCACAGACCUCCUGCUACCCCAGCCUAGUGCAGGAAGAAGUCUCCAGUGUCAGAGCUGACAGUCAGGAGUACUGGGGUGCUCCUGCUCAGGAGGCGGGGCCAGGCAGCAGUGACCCCACCCUUCCCCAGGUCUAUGCCGCACCUCCUACAUACCCACCGCCCGGACAAGCCCAGCCCACACCCACAGCCAGACUCCCGCCUCUUGACUUUAGCUCCGCCCACUCCAGCUCUGAUUACCCAGACCACCAUCAGCUCCGAGUGUAUCAGAGUGCUCAGCAUGAGGGGGUGGAGCCUAUACCUGCCAAUAACACGGAUGACUCGAGUCUGGCCCCCGUGACCUCUGACCCCCAGCCUCUGAACGUCCCUGUGGCGGCUGGGGGUGGAGCAGGAAGCAGCAGUGAGGAGGAGGGGUCUGGGAAAGCCCAGCCCAAACGCCUUCAUGUCUCCAAUAUUCCCUUCAGAUUCCGGGACCCUGACCUGAGACAGAUGUUUGGGCAAUUUGGCAAAAUCCUGGACGUAGAGAUCAUCUUCAACGAGAGAGGGUCAAAGGGUUUUGGCUUCGUGACGUUUGAGAAUGCGUCAGAAGCCGAUCGAGCUCGAGAGAAACUCAACGGGACAAUCGUGGAGGGGAGAAAGAUCGAGGUGAACAACGCCACGGCCAGGGUGGUGACGAAGAAACCGCAGACUCCGCUGGUUAACGCUGCAGGAUGGAAGAUUAACCCUGUGAUGGGGGCCAUGUACGCUCCAGAACUCUACACCGUGGCCAGCUUUCCUUAUCCCGUUCCUACGGCAACGCUGGCUUACAGAGGCUCCGCCCUGAGAGGGCGUGGACGUGCUGUGUACAAUACCAUUCGCUCGGCGGCCACACCCACUGCUGUUCCAGCCUAUCCAGGGGUGGUCUAUCAGGAUGGACUAUAUGGCACUGAAGUCUAUGGAGGAUAUCCUGCUGCAUACAGAGUGGCUCAGUCUCCUUCUGCAACAGCUACAGCUGCGUACAGCGACGGGUAUGGGAGAGUGUAUGCCACUGACCCCUAUCAUCAUUCAGUAGGUCCAACCACCACAUACGGAGUCGGCACCAUGGCGAGUCUGUACCGAGGAGGCUACAACCGCUUCACCCCAUACUGACCACUCAGAGACUCCUCGGUGACCUCACACAGACCUCCUGCCCCCCCACACCUCCCCCUAUACGAUACAGUGGGAGGAACUUCAAUCAGCCAAUGAAGUGACGAGCCUGGGAGAAGCCACACCCACCCUGACCUCAUACAUGGUGCUCAUGGUGCUGAAGGAGAAGAGUUCCAUACCGCUAGCUGUUUAGAUUCACUGUUAUUUUUACGACUACUUUUCUCACGAUAAGCAACACCGGCGUUACGCUAACGUGCUAAUGAUCCCGCCCGGCUCUGUCGGACAGAGCGGACGUAUCCUGAGCGUGAUCAGGAAAGUGUGUGUGAUUACGAUGUGUUGUUACGUGGGUACGUGCCGAGGAGCGCUUCUACUGUAUUACUGCGCUAAAAUCACAGCACUCACGUUUAUUUAUGACAUGGGAAUUUCACGGCUAGCAUAAAGCUAACACAGGAAUCAUACA